GUGGAUUGGCACAUCAAAAACGAAGUCUACAGGCUCCUCUGUCCCAUCCCGCUUGCUUUGCUCACCAAUUUUUUUUCUUGCACUUGUUAGGAGUCUGUUUGCAGGCUAAAUGGAGCCUAAGGUUACUGAUAUAUUAUUAUAAUGCAAGUGAAGUACAGUGUAAGAUAUCUGUACAUCUAUGAGUGAUCAGCUCCCUUCCAUAAUAAAUGCAAUUUCUUAUUUGAAGAUCUCAUACUUUCCUCACAAUCAUAUUUGCUUUAAAACACAUAGGUAAUGUUACACAUGCAUUUGCAGAAUUUGCUGAUAGAAAAUUUCUUCAUAUUUUCAUUUUUAAACAGAGAGAUACUACCACUUCCUAGAGGAGUACUUGACAUGUUUAAAGAAGAUUCUGUACCAGAGGAUGAGCCAUCUAAACAUGAUGGUCGAGUAAGAACAUUUUCACACUUUCCUGGUAACUGGGCCAUGCAUGUGUUCAUACCGUUCAAAGCCAGUGUACAUUUUGAGAGUCUUGUGGUAUCUGUAGUUGAAUGUCUGUCAGUGGCGAUAUCACAUGAGGUCCACACGAUACCAUGUGAUGAAUUACAUAUGAGUGUGUCCAGAACUGUUCCAAUCAGACAUUACUGGAUUGAUCCAAUUGUACAACAGCUCAAGAAUGGCUUUAGUACUGUACACAGUUUUGUGUCAGCCUUGCAGUGUCCUGAAGUGUACACUAAUGAUGAGGAAACAAGAUCAUUUGUAGCACUGAAAAUCAUGUCAGAAUACAAAAAGUUCAAAGAUAUUGUUGACGUGGUAGAUGGAAUCUUUCAAGAAUUUUCCCUGCCUACAUUCUACAAGAAUCCAUCAUUUCAUGUGAGCAUUGCAUGGUGUCUUGGGGACAUCUGUUCUGAGAACACAGACGAAAUCCAAACUAAACUCCAGGACGUGUUUGAUGCUGAAGUUUGCGAGAAAGAGGUCGCCAGAUCGUUGGUAUUGGAAGUGAAGGAAGUACAUUGUAAAAUAGGAAAUAAACAUUUUGUGUUUCCUUUGGAUGCCACGUGAUUAAACAUGCCAGUGCAGAUGUCAUGAUCCUCAGUGGAGUUGCCCAGUCUUCAUAUCUCAAUAACGAGGAGUGUAUUUAUUGCAGCAGUGUACUCCAAGGCAAGCUCAAGAUAAAACAAGAGAAAUAUCAUAAAUUGAUGUUGGCUACAGUGAGCGACAGACACAAAGAACAAAGGAGAUUUCAAUUUGUUAGGCGUCUGAAAUCACGACUGAAUUACGCCAAGUUGUGCCUGCGUUUUAGACGUGGCUAACCAAUUGACAGAAAACUCAAAUGGCCGUUGACGAAUUGUCUGCUCAUGGCCAAGAGGUGCCUGUCAGUAUGCAGACUCCCUCCCCACGCCACCCCCAAGCCCCCCAAGCCCUAACAUAGUGGUUUUAGCUUUUCUUUGACAAGUCACGACCCUCGUUACUUUCGGAUUUAACUGUGUUGCGGAGGGCACAACAACAACAUCUUUAUUUUCUCAAUACAA